CGAAAUUAAUUUGAGAAAUUCUCGUGCAGCAAGAUGAUGGACAUGCAGGAGAUCAAGGAGCGCCACCCUCGGUCUCAACGAAAUGGGGACGACGAGGGCGAGACAGACCACGCGGAGACGGAUCCUAUGGUAUCCAAUACGCCGGCGCCACGGCGCUCGCAGCCUGAGAUCUGGGUGCGUUUCGUAAUGGACAAGAUCUGGUCUGUUGCAUUCUUCAGCGUGGCGUGUCUGGGACUGUAUGAAGCCGAUUUUGUGUCGGAUCUACUGCACGCGCCCCAUGCCAACCGCAGUUUUGUGCACUUGGGUAUUUUGUUCGGGACGCUAUUGGGAGUCUUUGGCUGCUACAUUGAGGUGUACCGUAGCAUGAUCCUUGGCGAACGUGUUCACUAUGAGACUGCCAAGACAGCGACGCACGGGAUGCUGGUAUCUGUGUUGGCGUCUGGUUUCUUUUUGGCUUUUGGGAUGUGGCCCGUGUGGCACUGGCUGACGCUGCCGUACCUGUUCAUGUGGUCCUGGGGUGUGGUGGUGCAGCUACUGGUGAUUCUCCCGCCUGUUCUGCAACGAAUAGUGUUUGUCGCCGCGUACCUUUGGUUUAUGCACUCGUAUCUCUCCCUGUUCCUGAUUGGAGUGAAGUGA